AUGGUCCGGGCCCGGGGCAGUAAAAAGUCAGACCUCACGUCUAAAUGUCCAAAGCCGCCUUGCUGGUUGGAAAUCGACCAAUGGGAAAAUUAUUGUGGUGGACCUGACGACCAGCCAGAGAUACAAAAAAGGAUUUUAAAACUGAGUGCUGCUAGUGAAACCCCACCGGGAAAACUAUGUCCCCGGUGCCCGGGUCAACGUCGGAACCGGAGUUUCAGAGACAUCAGACACAAAACAGACCUCUUAAUUAUCAGCUGUGACCUAAUUACCGACAUCUCUCUCCACAACAUUGCCAAUCUCCACCGUACCCAUGAUGCAUCACUGACCAUGCUUCUAUCCCCGCUCCCAUCUCAGUACUACGAGGCAGUGGCCCCAGGAGCCAAAUCUAAGAAACAGCUGGAAAAGGACUUUUUUGGAUUUGAUGAAAAGGGUGAAAGGAUACUAUUCACACAGUCAGAGGCAGAUGUUGAUGAAACCAUUAGUGUCAAAAAGUCUGUUUUAAAGAAACAUCCUUACAUGUGUAUUAAGUCUGGACUAACAGACUGUCACCUCUAUUUAAUGAAGAAAUGGGUCGUUGAUUACCUAGCAGAAAAUGAGUCAUUAGCCUACAUAAGGACAGAAUUAAUUCCCCACCUAGUCAGAAAACAGUUCACUAAGGCAAAGGUCAAGGACAAAUUACCUCAGGCCAACCAGUCUGUCAUUUCAGACACCCAGAAAAUGAACAUAUUGAAGUUUUCUUCUGAGGAGGAGUAUGCCGCUGAUAUUAGAGAUAUGUCAUCUUGGAAUGAUCACCAUGGAGACAUGGCAGACUGUUACCAUGGAGACAAAAUCCGUUGUUAUGGUUACAUUCAAGAUGGAGGGUUAUGUUUGCGAGUGAAUACCAUAUCAUCAUACAGUGAAGCUAAUCGUCAGAUUCAAAAGAUCUUCACACACACUGGGAUUGAGAAAGAGGUCCCACAUCUACAUGCCUCUGUGAACAUGGCAGAAAAAUCUCAAGUAGGAUCGGACUGCUUGGUUGCUGAGGGUACACAAAUUGGAGAGAAGGUUUCUAUAAAACGUUCUGUGAUUGGGCGACAUUGUAAGAUCGGGGACCGUGUCCGAAUCGCUAAUUCCACAAUACUGGAUAAUGUUGUCAUUGAGGAGGGCUGCAAUAUACAGGGAAGCAUCAUAAGCAGGAGGAGUGUCAUCCGAGAUAAAUGUGAGAUCAGCAACUGUCUGGUGGGGCCGGGCCAACAACUCAAUACCAUGGGUAAAUACAACAAUGAGGUGAUUGUUGACACAGUGGACAUUUAAGAAGGCACAACUUUUGAUGCUGAUGUGGUGUAGAAUAGUAAAAUAAUACACAUUUUA